UUUGGCUGUCAAAGAACGAUCUUCAGCAGAAGCUGCUCCCAGAAGUAAUAGUGAAAAGAGACAGUCCUGAAUAUCUCCAGCCACUGGAAAGAAUUGGCUCAUGGUCAGCGGCUACUGAAGAGGUAUCCAUGAUAUCCUGCAGAGAGACUCUGAGAGAGACGAUUGCACCAGGGGGACUUUUCACGUGUGGUGCAAAGGUUCAGAGGCUCUUCUGACUGGUGAGCUCACGGCUGGUGCCUUCGGCUCCCAGGGUGGUGACUGAGCAGCUUGGCAACUGGGACUGGCCAAGCAAGCAGCCAGGCAUCGCUCAGCUGUCCUGAGCCUGUGGGGUCUUCUGACUCACCCAUCUGCUUCCAAAAUGGAGUAUGCUUGGUACUGGCUUGAUGAUUCUGGGAAGUGGAUUGAAUAUGGGAAAAAGCAUCCAGAUCACUGCUGUGCCACGGUAACAUCUGAAGUUAUAGAGAAGGAAUUCCAAGAUGACCAGGAAGGCUUUGUGUUUUUCAAUGCUGGUUCUCAAAUGUAUAUACUGAACUUUAACGGCAUGGUCCAAACAAACUUGCACUAUAAAACUAAAAGGAAAGUUGUCCGACGGCCAAAACGUCUGCCCUCUCAAGGUGGACAAGACAGAAGCCCAGACACGACUCUAUCCCAUUUUGUUUGUCCUCCAGAAUGGGACCAAUCUGCACUGCCCGAUAUUGGGUUCAAGUUGGUAGAGGUCAGAUGCACUUCCCUCGAAUACAGUAAAAUUAAGAACCUGUUUGAGAAGACGAUGAAAGAUUGCUUCAUCCACCGAUUGCAGAGGAUCCAGAACCCAACCCUUUGGCAAGUUUUUCAGUGGCAAAAGGAGCAGAUGAAGAAGCUCAGUAAAUUGGAGUUUGUGGAUGAGCGGCUCCUGUUCCAUGGGACGAGUCCAUCCCACAUACCUGCCAUCUGUGAGCAGAACUUUGACUGGAGGAUGUGCGGGACUCACGGGACAAUGUAUGGGAAAGGAAGCUACUUUGCCAGAGAUGCCAGCUAUUCUCAUGAGUUCUGUUCCUCUCAAAGUGGUCGCUACAGCAUGUUUGUAGCUAACGUUCUUGUGGGAGACUUUGUUCAGGGAAACCCCAAACACCUUCGUCCUCCACCCAGAGACAGCAAUUCAAACAGACUUUAUGACAGCUGCGUGGAUGACCCAACAGACCCUUCUAUCUUUGUCAUCUUUGAGAAGCACCAGAUUUACCCUGCCUAUAUCUUGGAGUACAGCAGCAAUACCCACUGGAAGAAGGUCUAAGGCAUUUUCGUUGGGAUGGAGGCCAGGGAAGGAAGAAGCAUGACUGAGGAAGACCACCUGACACACAUUGGUUGUCUUGACCUUCUUGGUACUGACAUGAACAGAAAAUAAGAAGACACUUUUUUGAAGACCAGAUAAGGAAGUGUAGCCACCCCUUCAGCCAUGCCAUCAACUCCAACCAUCUAGCUCUAACCUAAUUCAGUGUCAGGCCAUAGUCUGCUGAGAACAGAUCUAACACCACAAAAGGAAGAGGUUGUUUUCUUUUUCCCCAGCCACAUACCCACUUUCUCCAUUAGGUUUUUUUUGCAAAGGCACUGGUGAACAGAGAGUAGCUGUGAGCACUGACAUACUUGCCUUCUCAUGGCAUGCAGGAAACCACCACCAGCCAGCUCUUCAGGUGGAAGAAUUUGUCCUGUCAAAUGAGAGAGGGGAAGGCUUGAAUCAAGGGAAAAGAGUCUCAGCUCAGCUCUUUUGCCUCUUCUGACUUCAAACACCACUGCCUCAGGUUCAUUCAGGCACACAGGUUUAAUGGGGAGACCAAGGCAUGCUCCACUGUGUGCAGUGUGUUAUGUUUCAUCACAUACUCAGAUACAGGUCAUAUGGCUACACCAUACUUUUUGUUCCAUUUUCCAUAUUAUUUUGGAUCUGGCUGGGACUUGGAUGAAGGCAACCAAUCUAUAAAGAUAAGAAGUGUUUGUGCAUGGGUGUAUAUGCAUAUGCUAAACCUCUGAUAUGUUUUUCUGUAGGCAGAAGAGCACAUGGGAAAGAGAAGCCUCGGGCAGGAGGUGGAUGAAUGACUUCCAUUCCACAGAAUGAAUCCAUCUCAUGUGCCUGCUAUCUGUGAGCACAGUUUUGACUGGAGAAUUUAUGGAACUCAUGGGACAGUGUUUGGAAAGGUACAAGUGAAUGAGCUGGACCUGCAUCAAAAUGCUUGAGGUGUUUCCAGAGUGCAGGAAGAGCAUGGCACAAGCUGUGCUUCCUACUGCGUGGGCCUGAUCCUACCUCCUCAGACCUUUUGUAACUGGUAAAGCAACAAAAUGCAGUGGUGAAAGCUGCCAGAUCAGUCCCAUCUGUUGAUGCAUUAAAUUAAACUUGUGUGGAAAUACCUGGCAAGAAUGUGUUUGUAGCUAUCUGGGGUAGGAAAGAGAAGAAGGUGCUUGUUGAGGGGUUGGCUGCCAAAGCACAGAUAGCAGAUACUUGUUACUUCAGUUUAUGCAUUUUCUUCCACAUGUUUUUUUCUGGUCCUUAGGAAGCUACUUUGCCAGAGAUGUCAGUUAUUCUCAUCAACACUGUCCAUCCAGCACAGAUCACCACAGUGUGGCUGUGGCUCAAGUUCAUGUUGGAGACUUUGCUCAGGCAGACCAAGUCUACCUUCAUCUCCAUCCAGACCUGGGAUUUCAAACAGGCUUUUGUACAGCUGUGUAAAUAACUGGGAAAAAAUCCUUACACCUUUGUUAUUUUUGAGAAGCACCACGUUUACCCUGCCUAUAUCUUAGAGGAUACACGUUUGCUCCAAUAAAGGUCGAGUCAGAGGCAGCAAUAUUUUGUCUAUUGCAAUGUAAGAACCUCAUAUCUGACAUUCAGUUAUGUUGUGCAGCUCUGUUUCAGUUACAGAAGUGGAACUGAGAGUAUGGUAACUUAUGGAAUGGCUGGGUCCUCUGUGAGGGUUGUUUUCCUCCUAA